AUGCCAUCCGCGACAGAGAGUGCUGAGAUACGGAGUCACAGACCUUCCGUAGUAGGCGCAGAUGAAGGACCAAAACCAGAAUACCCACGGCGCAUGGAAGGAGUAGUUGAACAUGGAUUUAAAAGAGGUUCCAAAGAUCUAGGCUUUCCUACAGCGAAUAUAACAGUAGAAGGCGUACCAUGGUUAAAUGAAGAUGGGUUAGAAAACACCAACGCGUCCAGCAUCGAAACAAUGAAAGGCACAUCACCAACCAAAGACCCCAUAGACGGCGUUCAUUUCGGCUGGGUCAGCCUCCGCCUCCACGACACCCAUCCCGACCUCCAGACGCCCCCCAAGAUCCAACCCCAGCACUCUCCCGACCGCAAAUCCAAAGACCAUGCCAUAUUCCCGCUCUCCGACCUCAAAACGCCCCCUCCAAGCUCUUCAAACUGGCGCAUCUACCCUAUGGUCAUGUCCAUUGGCUUCAACCCAUUCUACGGCAACAAAGAGCGAUCCGCCGAAGUCUUCAUCAUGAACGACUUCCAGGAAGACUUUUACGGGGACUACAUGCGCGUUAGUAUACUAGGAUACAUACGCAAGGAGCUUAAUUAUAUAGAUGUGGAGAGUCUAAAGAAUGAUAUCAAUACGGACGUGGAUGUGGCGUUGAAGAGUUUGGCGCGGGAGAAUUGGGGGGUGGGGAAGGAAGAGUCGUGGUUACUAGGAGAAGGGUAUAGUCAAGAGCUAUUUGAAGAGAAAACGAGGGAGGCGGAGGAGAGGGCGAGGAAGAAGGAAGCGAUUGAAAAGGCGGGUAAGGAGAAGGAGAAAGAGAAUGAAGCUAAGAUUUGA